GAGACCUGGGGGCCGGGGCCGCUUCUGGAUUCCCAUCUGCUAUCCUCUCUCGCUCCGUCGAUUCGGAGGGGAGGUGGCGACCUCGGCCUCCAGUGUGUCCAGCGGAGUGAAGUGGCAGCGGCGGCCGGGAUGGUGCUGCUGGGUUUACUGCAGGCGGGCGGGUCGGUGCUGGGGCAGGCGAUGGAGCAGGUGACAGGCGGCAACCUCCUGUCCAAACUGCUGAUCACCUGCGCCUUCACCCUCAGCUUGGUCUACCUGGCCCGACUCGCCCUCAGCCACCUGGUCCAGCUGCCUGCCGGGGCGAAAAGUCCACCAUAUAUUUUCUCUCCAAUUCCAUUUCUUGGACAUGCCAUAGCAUUUGGGAAAAGUCCAAUUGAAUUUCUGGAAAAUGCAUAUGACAAGUACGGACCUAUAUUUAGUUUUACCAUGGUGGGCAGGACGUUUACUUAUCUCCUGGGGAGUGAUGCUGCUGCACUGCUUUUUAAUAGUAAAAAUGAAGACCUGAAUGCAGAAGAAGUCUACAGUCGCCUGACAACACCUGUGUUUGGGAAGGGAGUUGCAUAUGAUGUGCCUAAUCAAGUUUUCUUGGAACAGAAGAAAAUGUUAAAAAGUGGCCUUAACAUAGCCCACUUUAGAGAGCACGUUUCUAUAAUUGAAAAGGAAACAAAGGAUUACUUUCAAAGUUGGGGAGAAAGUGGAGAAAAAAAUUUGUUUGAAGCCCUUUCUGAGCUCAUAAUUUUAACAGCUAGCCAUUGUUUACAUGGAAAGGAAAUCAGAAGUCAACUCAAUGAGAAGGUGGCACAGCUGUAUGCAGAUUUGGAUGGAGGUUUUAGCCAUGCUGCCUGGCUGCUGCCAGGUUGGCUGCCCUUGCCUAGUUUCAGACGCAGGGACAGAGCUCAUCGGGAGAUCAAGAAUAUUUUCUAUCAGGCAAUCCAGAAACGCAGACAGUCAGAUAAAAAAAUUGAUGACAUUCUCCAAACUUUGCUAGAUGCAACAUACAAGGACGGGCGUCCUUUGACUGAUGAUGAAGUAGCCGGGCUGCUGAUUGGACUGCUCUUGGCAGGGCAGCAUACAUCCUCAACCACUAGUGCCUGGAUGGGCUUCUUUUUGGCUAGAGACAAAACACUUCAAGAAAGAUGUUAUUUGGAACAGAAAACAGUCUGUGGAGAAGGUCUCCCUCCUUUAAAUUAUGACCAGCUCAAGGAUCUAAAUUUACUUGAUCGCUGUAUAAAAGAAACAUUAAGACUUAGGCCUCCUAUAAUGACCAUGAUGAGAAUGGCCAAAACUCCUCAGAUUGUGGCAGGGUAUACCAUUCCUCCAGGACAUCAGGUGUGUGUUUCUCCCACUGUCAAUCAAAGACUUAAAGACUCAUGGAUAGAACGUCUGGACUUUAAUCCUGAUCGCUACUUACAGGAUAACCCUGCAUCAGGAGAAAAGUUUGCCUAUGUGCCAUUUGGAGCUGGGCGUCAUCGUUGUAUUGGGGAAAACUUUGCCUAUGUUCAAAUUAAGACAAUUUGGUCCACUAUGCUUCGUUUGUAUGAAUUUGAUCUCAUUGAUGGAUAUUUUCCCACGGUGAAUUACACAACUAUGAUUCAUACCCCUGAAAACCCAGUUAUUCGUUACAAACGAAGAUCAAAGUGAAAAAGGCUGUAAGGAACUAACACAUGACACACCACUGUAAGCUGCAAAAGCAUUAGAAGAGAGCAAAGUUAAAAACAACUCGCAGUGUGCUGUUUUUUUGAGUGUGUAAUUCUAAAAGACAGCCAGUUUAACUUUCGGUAUUAGUAUUUUAUUAACUGGUUCUAUCAACUCUAAUGGCAUUUGAAACAUUUUCUAAUAGUUUUGAUACUUAUUACAUGUGCUUUAAUGGAGCCAAGUUUAUUAGUAAAACAUUGUUUGGGAGAUCUAAGUAAUUGGCAGAUUCUAAAAAAUACAAUUUGUAGGUACUAAUUUUAACAGCAUACAUAUCUCUUGCCAAAUAAGUUCAGGGUAUUCAAAUCUUGGACUAGUUCUGCAAGUUAUAAAAGGCCCAGUGAGAUACUCGGAAGGCAUAGGUUAUUCAUUUACCUGGACAAUGUUUGUGUGUGUGUGUGAGGAUAGGAGGGUGGGGAAUAAACUCACAUUUAAAUCUUUGGAUAAAAGAGAAUACUGUUAAUUGUUUUGGUAUGAUGAUACUCGGCAAUGAAGAAGCUAUGUUGUAGAAAAAUAUAUCUUCUGAAAUUUUAACUGGAAGCAUUGGCUAUAGGAAAUUGAGAUCUAAGACCAUGACUUGAAAAUCAUGUUUUGUAAAAAUAAUAUAAUUAUUAAUGCUAAAGACUACUCAUGUAUCUUGACCUAAUUAUUGAUUACCUAUUUAUCUAUCUGAUAAAUAUGUAUCUGGUUCUAUAAGGUCACAUGUGUGUGAAAAUCCAAAGUAAAGUCCUUAGGGGACAAAUUUUCUUUCUCUUAUUUGACUCAAGGUUGUUCCCUGCUUCCUCUCUAGAAUCCAGUUAUGAAUGUUUCUGUAACUACUUUUGUUGAUUACAAUGGUUAAGCUUUUUUUAAAAAAUAAAAAAUCAGAGAUUAGAGAACUCUGGCUUUAAGUUAAUAUGAAGCAGCAGGGUCCUUGGGAGUACUAUCAGUCACAUUCUGUGAAGCCUGUGUUCAGACAGGGGCCUCACCUUAUCAGAUACUUGUAAUUUGACCACAUAGUCUUUUUAUUAGAUGAGGCCAAAAUACUUGCCCUUAUGUAUAUAAGGAGGCUGGAAGACUCAUGUUAAACUGUAAUUGUGAAGGCAAAAAUCUAUGCUGUUAAUUUUUCACAUUAAAAUUCUCUUUGAGAAAUAUAGAGUCUGUAUUCGUGAAUUGUAAAAUGUAUGCUUCAGUGAGUAGAGUUCAGGGAAUCUAGGAACUUGGAUGGGGAGUUUCAUCUUUAUUUGCACUAAUUUCUAACUGUAAGUUAGUAUUUCCUUCAUUUAUGAAUUCAGGCAACAAUCCACAGUAGUAUUAUCAGUACCCAUGAUUCUGUUAAUAAUAGAAGGUACAGAUGUUUUCAUAUCACAUUACAGAUGGAGCAGAUCUCUUGAAGUAUCUUUCACUUUCAUCACUAGUUUGAAAUUAUAGUAGUUAUUAGACCUACAGCUAUAUUUUAUUUAAUGCUCUAAUCUUAUUGAUAUCACAAAAUUUUUAAAAAGUUUGACAAUUAUUUCUAUAUAAUUGAUUUCUUGUGCAAUCCUAUAUAUUUUGCAUAAAUAUUAUUCUGAAAAGGGAUCCAUAUUUUCACCAGACUGCUAGAGAUUCACAGCACAAAAAAAGUUAAGAAGCCCAGGUAAGGCUAUCUUGUUUGGUGAAUAGUUUUAGAUUUCAGCAGAUUUAGUCUUUAGAUUAUUAAGAAGCAUGACAAAUGUGACUGCAGAAGACUGAUAGUACAAUAGUAAGGAGGGCUGAUGGUUGAGCAGGGGAGUGGCCUCAGCUUGAUGAGAGCACUUGUCCAGCUGCUCUUUUCUCCACGAGCUCCUAGAGCAGAACAGCCUCGACUGGAGAGCCAUGCUAGCUGAAAAAGGUUUUCAUCCACAACCUUCCCCUUCAACUAACUACUUUAGAAUACCUUUGCUACUUCUAGAACUCUUCUUAUUGGAACCCAGCUGCUAAUAUGGAAAGUUUAAGUAAUUUGAAAUUUCCAAGAAUGUACAACUUGCUACCAUGCCUGUCUGUGUUGGUAUACAUCAAAGGACAUCAUUAAUAAGACAAAAUCCUCUGGAUGAAGCAUCAGGUACUGCUAACUCCUCUUGCUGUUUUAGUGAGUUGCCAUGUUACUGGGGAGGACUCUAGGUAAGAAAUAGCAGUGGGAUCUGUAUUGUCUCUGUGAGAGCUUCCCAGUCUGAGUAUGGCUUGGACAGCAGGAGUACUAUCUAAUUCUGCUCCACUGUGAUUAAUAAAAUUUAAGAUUCUUUAAGUGAAA